AUUAACAAAGGACUGCAGACAAGAGCAAAUCAGAGAAGUUGCCUGUUUCAUGCAUAGAAGAAUGGCUGUGAAAACCUUGGCACUGUGGAUCCUGCUCGUGGCGACAUUAGUGCCACAGCACUGCUGUCAGCACUGGUCAUAUGGGCUGAGCCCAGGAGGGAAGAGGGAACUGGACAGCCUUCCAGACACACUGGGCAAUGUAGUUGAGGGGUUCCCACACGAGGACACACAGUGCAGUGUUUUGGGUUAUGCAGAGGAAUCACCUUUUGCCAGAGUUUACAGAAUGAAAGGAGUCUUUGGCAGUGUCACUGACAGGGAAAAUGGACACAGAACGUACAAAAAAUGAUGAUGACUUGAUUCCACAAUAUAUAAGGUUUACUGGCAUAUCACAGUUUUUGUGGUUAUUGCUUGUCAUGAUUUAUAUCCACAUCAGAAAUACAAGCUGCAGACUGUUUUACUCUAUUAAAAG